AUUAUUCAAUUAAUAUUAUAUUCAUUAAUUAUUACUACUUCCAUUAUUUUUCUAAAUAUAAUUCAUCCAUUAGCUUUAGGAUUAACUUUAUUAAUUCAAACAAUUUUUGUAUGUUUACUAACUGGAUUAAUAACUAAAAGUUUUUGAUAUUCAUAUAUUUUAUUUUUAAUUUUUUUAGGAGGAAUACUUGUAUUAUUUAUUUACGUAACAUCUUUAGCCUCUAAUGAAAUAUUUAAUUUAUCAAUAAAAUUAACUCUAUUUUCUUCAUUAAUUUUAAUUUUUAUAUUAAUUUUAUCAUUUAUUAUAGAUAAAACUUCUUCUUCUUUAUUUUUAAUAAAUAAUGAUAUACAAUCUAUUAUUAAUAUAAAUUCUUAUUUUAUAGAAAAUUCUUUAUCUUUAAAUAAAUUAUAUAAUUUUCCUACAAAUUUUAUUACAAUUUUAUUAAUAAAUUAUUUAUUAAUUACUUUAAUUGUUAUUGUAAAAAUUACAAAAUUAUUUAAAGGACCUAUUCGAAUAAUAUCUUAA